AGCUCGCUCCGAACGAUGACAAUGAUGUUUUUCCCAGCAAAAAGAGCAACUGAGUGCACUGCUACAGUGGGGAAAAUGUCUUUCCUGAAGCUUCUCCUGACCACCAUCAGGAUUUGCCUGAUAAGCUGCCACAUCACCAACCCAACAGCUGAUGGUACUACACGGUUUGCAGCGGAUCUCUACCGAGUUCUUCAUUUAUCCCAGAAAAGUGAGAACAUUCUCUAUUCCCCGCUUGGGGCUGCGUCGGCCCUGGGAAUGGUACAUCUGGGGACGAAGGGGAAAGCUCGAAACGAGAUAAGCCAGCUUCUGAACCUGCAAAGCGAUGCCCGUGAAGCCUUCGCUCCACUCCAGACACUUUUCUCUGUCACCUCAAAAAGAAAAGAAUUUACAUUUAAUCUUGCCAAUGCCCUUUACCUUCAAGAAGGAUUCGUGGUGAAAGAACAGUAUCUCCAUAGCAACAAGGAAUUCUUUCAGACGGCUGUAAAGCUGGUGAAUUUCCAAGAUACUAAAGCUUCCGCAGAGGCCAUAAGCACUUGGGUAGAAAACAAAACAGAUGGUCAAAUAAAGAAUCUCGUUUCAAGUGAGGACCUUGGUCCCCUCACUCGACUUCUUCUGGUGAAUGCCAUUUACUUCAAGGGGAACUGGGAACAAGUAUUCAAAGCAGAGAGCACCAGUUUGAUGGAUUUUACUAAGAGUGAUGGAUCAGUGACCUCUGUACCAAUGAUGCAUCUUCAACUCAGAACAAAGCUCGGCCAUUUUUCUGACCAUAAGGUGAACUAUCAGGUUUUGGAGCUGCCCUACAAAGGGAGUGAAUUCAGUUUAGUUCUAAUCCUUCCUGCAGAAGAUGUGCCUAUCGGAGAGGUAGAAAACCUCAUUACAGCUGAGCUGAUAAAAGACUGGUUUGCCAAGAUGGAAGAGGAUGAUGAAGUCGAAAUCAGCCUUCCUAGGUUUAAAAUAGAGCAAAAACUGGAUUUGAAAGAAACUCUCCAGGCUCUCAACGUGAUCGAGAUAUUUAAUAAUGGAUGUGACCUUUCUGGAUUAACAGAUUCUGCUGACGUACACAUUUCUCAGGCUAUUCAGAAAGUCUGCAUUGAGGUGAACGAAGACGGGAGUGAAGCAGCGGCAUCGACUGGAAUGCAUGUGGCAGCAAUCAUGAGCAUGGCACGGAAUCAGUUUGUGGCUAACCGACCGUUCCUGUUUAUCCUGAAGCACAACUCAACAGGGUCCAUUAUAUUUAUGGGGAAGCUGGCCAGUCCUGAUAUCCAGCCCAUAAGAAGAAGAGAUAUUGACUCACUGUAAGAAGAAGAAUCAAACUGAAAGCAAAUGUGUUCUCUUUGUGUGUGUAUGAAGCCUUCUCUCUCUUAAUAUAGCUUCUGGUCUGCAGAUCAUUCUUUCUGUCUCAGUAUAUAAAAGAUUUGGGGGAUUUCCAAAUAAAUCUUUGUAUACUGCAUGCUUCUGUCCUCUGUAAAUUAUGAUGGAGAGUUUGCUGUCUGAUUACUGUGAAUUGGGUCUCAGUACGGUUAGGCCUAACAUGCCUGCGAGCUGACUAUUCUUUAAUGGCUCUGGAUGUUUUAUCAGUGGGACCAAGUUAUUAGAAAAUAAUCUCCAGAUAGUUCUUGAAUUGAAAUGCCUUUCAGCACAUGAAAAAGUAUCAUCCAUCCAGCUGAGAAGUGGUGACUAGUGUUGCCAGGCCAGUGCUGGCACCAGGUGGGAGACUGAGCAGGGUGGGGAUAUAUACCUGAUUGAAGUCAUGUCAAAAUUGCAAUGCUCUAGGAUUCACUAAAAAAUCUAUGGUUUAACCAUAGAGCUCUGGGUGAAUCCUUGAGUGGUACCAUGAUGCAGCAUAUCCAGUUCAUACCGUCAAGCAGAAGAAAGGGGUAGGAAGUCUUCUUAUAGACCUGCCCAGUCUAGCGGGGGUAUAUGUAUAAGAGUAUGUGAAGAAGGUGAUUUGGGGUUGAAACACAGAGGUAGAUAGUGUUACUUACAGGCAGACCCUGACAUGUGAACCCCCCAAGAUAGGUUACAUAUUUAUUUCUGAACUUUGAUCUCUCUUGAGGUUUGGUAUGCACGUGUAGCAAAUUAAGGCCAGGGUUCCCCAAAAAUUCCAGCAGCCAGAGGCACAUCUGCUUAUAAACAGGGAAGCAGCCCAUUAUGCUGAAAAGGUCUUCUUGGAGGUAAUCAUAUCAGCCCCCCGCUUUCUUAAGAUUCCAACAAUGUCUUGUUGAUUAGGCCUAAUAGUAACUCUAAUGCAUGGAAGGAUUCGUCAGCAAUCACCAUUAACCUGAACUCACCAGCCACCUCAGACACUAACAUCAGGCACUCCUGAUCUUCUGUCUUCUAAGAUCAUUAUACGAACUGUCACUCCAACACUUAUUCGUCUCCCACCACUGCAAGUGCAAUUCAGAGGCUCUUUCCUACCUAACAAUUAAAAUCUGAAUCAACCAAUGAAAUUCAAACUGGCUGCCGUCCAAUCCCAGAUUACAAGGACCAAAGCAUCCUAACAGCUAAUGCUCAUCUACACAUAAAAAUGGCAUGGAUUCCCCACCUAAUGCCCCUGUGAUUCUGCGCAGGAGCCUUCCUGGAGAUUUUGAGCAGGCCUCAGUCUCCGCAUCACUUUCUCUUUUUAACUCUGCAUCCUGAUUGGUGACUGGGAUUCCCUAAUGCACUACAAAGCUGUGUGUCAUUUGCUUCUUUUCUCCCGGACUCUCCGGGAUUUCUCCUAACUCUGGGAUCAGGCUCAUAUGUUUUCUUCACCCCAUUUUAUUGUCCCCUUUAGUUUAGUACCAUCUAGAAUUCAGGUGCUGUAGCUUAGGGGUUAGAUCGUGCCAUCAUGUGUGAGUCUCUUCUUGGGCCUCUCUCUAUACCUUUUUGCUGUAUUUUUCACAAUAAAGAUAUGAAUUGUUCUGUU